AUGGAUGGAGGGGACUCAGGCAUUGCAGCAGAUGGAAUUAUCAAGACAUACAUGUUGGACUAUGGCCACGGGUUCGCUGUUCCGAAGAUAAGUCACAGGAGCCGGAUGCCCACCCGGAGUUUUCGAAUCAUUUCCGACGCGGUGGUCGCAACGGUCGUGGUCUUCCUGCUCGUUCAAUGUGCAUUGCAACUAGCAGGCAAAAGGAACUUCAACGGCUGGUCCCAGAGGAGGCUCGCGGAACAAGCCGCUACGUGCAAACCAAAAAGGACGUAUAAAAGUCCGAAGAAAAGAGGGCAAGCUCCAAGGGAGCGUCAGCCUGAACCACGUACACCUGACACACCACCACGGUCUGCGGACGCUUCAGCAGCAGCAGAAUCUUUUGGGAAUGAGGCGCACCAUCUGCCUUCAGAAGAGCCUCGUGGGCGUGCGAGUCCUGCGGUAAUUGAGGCAACUGCAGCAGCUGGUGGUGAACAGGCAGAGCAGGCCGAAGCUCCAGCGCCUGAUGGGCCAAGCGGUGCAACGACAUCUGUUCUUUCCGCAGGGCGGGAAGAUCAAAAGGAAGAAGGUCAAAAGUUGCCAGACCCUUGUGGGCCGCCGAAUGCCGCGGAAAGGAAGGGAAUUUCCGCUGCUGAUGGAGAAGAAGCAGCACAACGGUCUGGGUACGCAAUGCCCUUUCGAUCAGAAGGCAUUGCGGGAGUUGGGGGAUACUCGACAGGGAGUGGAGGAGGGACAACGCGGCAGCCUGGACACCCAGCCCAUCAAAAACUACCUGCCGGUGCGAAGGGUGCUUGGGCAGAUUCAGGGGCACGUUCGGCAGGAAGGACACAGCAGCUUGCGUUUCCUUUGCUUGAUUUAUCGGCAGUCGGUGCAACGGGUGGGGAGUCUGGGGAACAGCCAGCAGGUGUACCAGAACAGCUUCCCUGGCAGCGAAUGCCUGAUGCGCAGGCGCUUGCACUUCCUGCAGGGGGUCUCGAUGCAGAGGAACCACGGGAUGAGCGUGCAAGAUCGCGAGGAACAACGGAGCAGCCCGGACACCCAGCCUAUCGACUAACUGCCGAUACGAAGGGUGCUUGGGCAGAUCCAGGGGCACGUUCGACAGGAACGACACAGCAGCUUGUUUUUCCAUGGCUUGAUUUAUCGGCAGUCGGUGCAACGGGUGGGGAGUCUGGGGAACGGCAAGCAGGUGUACCAGAACAGCUUCCCGGGCAGCGAAUGCCUGAUGCGCAGGGGCCUGAACGUCCUGCAGGGGGUCUCGGUGUAGAGGAACCACGGGAUGAGCCUGCAAAGUCCCAAGAGCCAACAGAAGCUCCGGCUGUCCGGGAAUCUGGGGGAGCGCUAACAGCUGUACAAGGACAGCAUUCCAGUGAGGACUGCUGGGGAACUGGGCAAUCGAAUGCAGCUGAAGAAUCGCCACAUCGCAUAGCAGGAGCAGACCAACAAACAGCUGCGGUCGCUCUUACCGAGGCGGCUAGUCCUUUGACGACCGGGAUAAAGCAAGCAGUCGCAUCCGUAAAGGAAGCGACUGAGUCGUUCCUUCAGCCUGCUGCAACGAAAGGCUGGCUGUACCUCUUCCCACUUAUCAGCGAACAGCAGACGAGAGAAGACCUGAACAGCGUGAUGUUCUUUCUUGACGAUCUUAGACACGACAAGAGACCUGGCCGUUUCGGGCGAUUUACGACAACCUGUAGAGGCUUUACUUUCGAUAUUGGUGUUUGGCACAGGGUUUCCUCUCCUGAUUGGCCAACCGAAAGAAUUUUGCAAACCGCCGCGAAAUACCUGCAAAACUUCCUUACGGAUGUGACAGCACUUUUCGAGAAUGGAGACAACAAAUCUGACGGCGUCGCAGGUCGAUCCUCCAUAGAGAGGCUACUGGAGCUUAAGACGGAAGAUGGUGACGACGUAGUGGGUUCUGUUCUAAUUCGGCUUGUCGGGGCAGAGUGGGUGGCUCGGUGGGAGCACAAGGAGCAGCUGCAGGACGGAGGAGGCAACUCGUCGUGA